AUGGUGAUGGUAUUUGUGGUGUGGGCCCCGCCAGAAGUGUAUCGCGGCAACCGGCCAACGGUGAGCAGGGGGCGGGGGGCGCGCCCCGGCAAGCGGGAGGCCGGUGCUUGCUCCCGGGACUGCGGCGAGGGUCCGACGACCGCUCUGCCCGCCCUGUGCUGUCGGGUCCUGUCCCCAAGCCCCGACCCCGCAUUGCUGGGCGAUGAGGUCAGCCCCGGUUGCGGGUGCACGGACAGGGCGUCCGUCCGGAGCUGGGGGACCCGGCCCUCGGGGGAGAGGAGCGGCGGGCGCCGGGGCUUGACCCGCGUGCCCCGUGGGCGGGCGCAGCGGAGCUUCCCCGCGACCCUCAGUGCCGGGUUCCAGGAGCACGUGUGGGAGCUGCCCGCGCUCCGCGGCCCCGAGGCCGCCCUUUCCGUUCCUCUUCCCGCCCGCCGUCCUGCUGGCGAGUCGGGGUCUCGGGCCGGCGCGGACAGCCCCCCGACCUGGGGCUCCGGGGGCGGCAGCCCGCGCCGGCGGGCGGUGUGGGGAGGGCGUUGGUUGCGGGCGCUCCUGCCGCCGCGCCCGCCGGGGCCCCCACCCCGCGCCCCCUGCUGCUGGGAAAGCCGGCGGGGGCUGCGGGCGGGCGGCGGGCGGGCUGCCCAGACCACUGCGUCACCCCGGCGGUGGGCGGUGGGUGACUCAUCCGGCCUUAACGGCCCAGGGCGUGGCGUGGCGAGGCGGCGGGGCCGGACCUGCAGGACCGGAAGUGGACGGCCGCCUUCCCGCCCCUGCGGGCCCCCCGGAGCCUGCUGGAGCCCCGGCCGGGGGAGUUCUGGGGCAGCCCGGCGUCUGGGAGCAGACGGGAGCGUGGCGGGAGUGAGGGAUUUCAGGGAGCGGGCGCUCUAACUCCGGACUUGCCCUCGGUGCCCAGAGCAUUGCUUCUGAACUAGUCCUUGAGUCCAAUUCUCUGUCCCCCGACGUGUAACUUCCCACGCCUCCAGCCCCCCACCCCCGCCUCUGCCGCUGACCUAGCCCCCCCCCACCCCGCCCCACAAGGGAUCCCUCGCACCUGCGUGCACCUGGGAACUGCCGUGGUGGGGGGGCGCUUUUCCACGGAGGCCGCGUGUGGCCCCCGGGCGCGGAGCCUCCUCCCCACUGCAUGGGUGUUGCGUGCGUGUUUCUGCCCGGCGCCCCCACCCUGCGGGGUUCCUGUGUUUGGUACACAGAAGCCAUGGCAACGGCCCCACCUCACCCCUCCGCCCGCUAGCCUUGCGGCUUCCUGUUUGUGCGGCUUGGGCUUUCUCUUCUGCUCUUCUGCUCUGCUCGCUGACUUGAUGGGGAGGGGCUGUCCCCGGAGGGGCCCCUCGAUCCCAGGUGUCCACCACCCUUGCCUCUGCCUGCUUCCUCUGCGUUUCCCUCUGGGGGCGGCCCCCCCAAUCUGGUCCUUUCGGAAUAGCCCUAAGCCCCAUUCUGACUUGGGAAGUUCCCCUGCGACCUGUGUGCACAAUGAAAGGAGAGUCUCUUUGUCCCCCCCGCCCCCCCCCCCCCGUGAGUGAGACGCCCCAGCCACGGAUCUUUGGCAUCUGCGUGGGGUGGGGUGAGGUGAGAGGCCUGCCCCUCCCCCUCGUGAGAGCACUGCAGUCUUGUGGGUGGGGGUGAGGGCUGUUCCCCCUGCUGUAGGCAGCUGUAGGCCCCUCUGGCUUAUGUUACUCACCAGGGGGCCGACCCCCAAGUGGCUCAGCUCUGGUCUCCUCUUUGGCUCCCCAGCCCUGGGGCUCCGCCACUCCCCACCCCAGCAGGCACCUGGCUGUCUUCCGUUCUGUUGAGGCAGGACUGCAGAAGGUCCCCUGGGUGGCACUCGUCUGGGCACACCAGCUGGGGCCCGUCAGCUCGAGCCUGCCCAGCGGGGCGGGGACAAGCCACAGCUGGGGACAGGCUGGCUGGGCCGCCCCUUC